GGUAUACCUGGAGACAAUCAGGCUGGGGCUGAACCUCCUCAAGCAGCAAGCACUGGUGCCUCUCAGUCUUCAGCAGCGGCAGCAGCAGUAGCAACUAUACCUACAACUACUAGUUCAUUAGGAGGACAUCCUCUUGAGUUUUUACGAAAUCAGCCUCAGUUCCAGCAGAUGAGACAAAUUAUUCAGCAAAAUCCUUCUCUGUUACCGGCAUUGCUACAGCAGAUUGGACGGGAAAACCCUCAACUACUGCAGCAAAUAAGCCAACACCAGGAACACUUUAUUCAUAUGUUGAAUGAGCCAGUUCUAGAGUCCCGCCAAGGUUUAAGUAGCAGUGGUGAUGGUGCCAGCACUGGAGGAGUAGCAGAAGCUGGAAAUGGUCAUAUGAACUACAUUCAAGUAACACCUCAAGAAAAAGAAGCUAUAGAAAGGUUAAAGGCAUUAGGAUUUCCUGAAGGACUUGUGAUACAGGCAUAUUUUGCUUGUGAGAAGAAUGAAAACUUGGCUGCCAACUUUCUUCUACAACAGAACUUUGAUGAAGAUUGAGAGACUUUUUUUUAAUUUCACACCUCACACCAGUGCAUUACACUAAUUUUGUUCACUGGAUUGUCUGGGAUAUUUGGGCUUAUAUUCAUAAUGCUUGGUGUAUGGUAUGUGGGGAGGGGGGGAGAAGUGAAUAUAGGAAACAAAGCAAAGAAAGCAGUAGGUAUGUCCGCUUUAAAUUAGCAGAUGCAUAAAAUCACACAGUGUAAAAUAAAAUACAACCAAAAAUCAGCUUCUGCAGAUAAUUAGUUGCUUCUAUAAACUGUAGGUUAACUUUUUCUAGGUUUUCACUCUUACUGUCCUAGUUCCAGAAAUGUAGUGUAAUACCCUGCUUCACUUUCCUUUCUA